AUUGGCUUCCCUCCACAGCGCAGCUGCUCACCAGGGCGACCCUGCGGGUCCGGAUUUCUCGCUGCCAGCAUGCGCCUCCAGCUGCUCCUGCUGCUGGCACUGUGCCAGGAGGGCUGCGUGGCGGCGGGCGACAGCUACAGCCUGCGGGGAAGCUGGAGGGUCCGCAGCGGGAACGGCUCUCUGGAGCUGCCAGGCACGGUCCCCGGCUGCGUGCACAGCGCCCUGCUCCAGCAGGGGCUGAUCGAGGAUCCUUACUACAGAUUUAAUGACCUUAAAUACAGAUGGAUUUCCUUAGAUAGCUGGACCUACAGCAAGGAAUUUCAAAUCCCCUUUAAUAUUAGCAAAUGGCAGAAAGUAAAUUUGAUUUUUGAAGGAGUUGAUACAGUUGCAAGAAUUUUGUUUAAUAAUGUCACCAUUGGGAAAACAGACAACAUGUUCACUGCAUAUAGCUUUGAUAUCACCGAUGUGGUCAGAGACAUGAACUCUGUAGAACUGCAUUUCCAAUCGGCAGUGUUGUACGCUGCACAGCAGAGCCAAGCGCACACCCGCUACCCGGUGCCCCCAGCCUGCCCUCCGCCGGUGCAGAAGGGUGAAUGCCAUGUCAACUUUAUUCGGAAGGAGCAGUGUUCCUUUAGCUGGGACUGGGGGCCUUCUUUUCCUACUCAAGGAAUCUGGAAAGACGUUAGAAUUGAAGCCUAUAAUGUUUGUCAUCUGAAUUACCUCACAUUUUCGCCAUUAUAUGAUGACACUGCCCAGGAGUGGCAUCUUGAAAUAGAGGCUUAUUUUGAUGUUGUCAGCUCAAAGCCGGUUGGUGGUCAUGUGGCCAUAACCAUUCCUAAGCUGCAAACACAGCAGACACAGAACAUUGAACUUCAACAUGGGGAAAUAAUUAUUAAGCUCCUUGUGAAGAUUAGCAAGGUUUAUUUUAGGACAGUGGAACUUGUAGAAGAGCCCAUAAAAGGGUCUCCUGGUCUGAGUUUCUACUUCAAAAUUAAUGGAUUUCCUAUAUUUUUGAAAGGCUCCAACUGGAUCCCAGCAGAUUCAUUUCAAGAUAAAGUAACUUCUGACUUAUUGCAGGUCCUUUUGCAGUCUGUGGUGGAUGCUAACAUGAAUGUUCUCCGGGUGUGGGGAGGAGGCAUUUAUGAGCAGGAUGAAUUCUACGAACUCUGCGAUGAACUGGGAAUAAUGGUAUGGCAGGAUUUUAUGUUUGCCUGUGCCCUUUAUCCAACCGAGCAGGGCUUUUUGGAGUCAGUGAGGGCAGAAGUUGCUUACCAGAUCAGGAGACUGAAAUCUCAUCCCUCAAUCAUCAUUUGGAGCGGCAACAAUGAGAACGAAGCGGCUCUGGGGACAAACUGGUUUCACAUACAUUCCAGGGACUUGAAAAUCUACACGGAAGACUACGUGACCCUGUAUGUGAGGAACAUCAGGGAAGUGGUCUUCUCGGGAGACAAGAGUCGGCCUUUUAUUACGUCCAGCCCUACAAAUGGAGCUGAAACCAUUGCAGAAGACUGGAUCUCUAUAAACCCUUACAGCAACAACUAUGGUGAUGUCCAUUUUUAUGACUAUUUAAGUGAUUGCUGGAAUUGGAAAAUUUUUCCAAAAGCCCGAUUUGUGUCUGAAUAUGGAUAUCAGUCCUGGCCUUCCUUUAGUACACUAGAAAAGAUCUCAUCUGCGGAGGACUGGUCUUAUACCAGCGAGUUCUCCCUUCAUCGACAGCACCAUGAAAAUGGGAACACGGAGAUGCUUCACCAGGCCAAACUUCACUUCACACUCCCCCAAAGCACAGGCUCAUUGCAGGCAUUUAAAGACACCAUCUACCUUACUCAGGUGAUGCAGGCCCAGUGUGUCAAAACAGAGACUGAAUUCUACCUGCGCAGCCGCAGCGAGAUAAAGAUAUCGAGUGGAGAAGGCCACACUAUGGGGGCCCUUUAUUGGCAGUUGAAUGAUAUCUGGCAGGCUCCUUCCUGGGCCUCUCUAGAAUAUGGAGGAAAGUGGAAAAUGCUGCAUUACUUUGCUCGGCAUUUCUUCGCUCCGCUCUUACCAGUAGGUUUUGAAGAUAAAAAUGUAUUUUAUAUCUAUGGUGUGUCAGAUCUUCACACAGACUACAACACGACACUCACUGUGAGACUUCAUUCAUGGAGCUCCCUGAAGCCUCUGUGCUCUCAUGUGACUGCCCCAGUUGUGAUUAAAGCAGGGAAGGCAGCAACCAUCUACAAGGAGCCAGUGUCUAAACUGCUGACGAGAUGUGGGAAUUGCACAAGGGGAAAAUGUGUGGUUUCCUUUCAGCUUUCAGCUGACCGGGAACUCUCAAGCCCAACCAACCAUCACUUCCUGUCUUCUCUGAAUGAUGCUGUGGGACUGGUCAAGGCUCACAUCACUGCCAACAUCUCUCAGCAGGGUGACAUCUUUGUUUUUGAUCUGGAAACAUCAGCUGUCGCUCCCUUUGUUUGGCUGGAUGUCGGAAGCAUCCCAGGGAGAUUUAGUGACAAUGGUUUCCUCAUGCUAGAGAAGACUCGGUCUGUACUAUUUUACCCUUGGAAGCCCAUCAGCAAGAGUGAGCUGCAGCAGUCUUACAGUGUGACCUCCCUGACAGAUAUUUACUGAAGGCACCUGUGAUGUAUUUUCAGUGAAUGCUGGGGACAAAGGCUUUCUAAAGCAUGGCUGGAGAGGAGGGCAGCCUGCCAUAAGCUGAAGGAAGUGUGGUGCAUCUGCUGGCUGCCGUCCACCGUCCACCGACUGAUCAUUCCUCAGUUUGCAUAGUGAAAACUUCAAGAUCUGGCUGCUCACCCAGGCAGUGGCUCAGACAAGGUCGCAGGUGUUCUGAAUCUGCCAGGGCUGUGUUUUCAGCCUUCAUCUCACAGCUAAAGCACAACCAGCAUGGUUAUAACUAGCUGACCUUUCAGAGCCACUUAGCAGUAUGUGUGGAACCAAAUGUGGAGGUUUUGGGGUACUAGAGGCCUUUUCUACCAUUGUGAAAUGCCAAAUAUUGAAAAUGAAAUGUGUGGCUAUUAUUGCCAGAGGAAAUGGAAACUCACAUGUUACAAUAGAAAUUUCUCAAUGCAGCUGUGGUGAUUGCAGUUGCUAGAUGGUGGAGGGCCUUGACUGGUAUUUGAUUACCAUUUUGAAGUAGGAUUCUUUUUCUUUGUUAUCAAUUUUUUAUGAAAUAUAGUUUGACAAUAACUAUUUUUAAAAAGACCAUGAGAGUAAUCCUCCUUUAGAAAGCACCCUAGGCUGGUUGUGCUAGUCCAUCUCUGCCCUCUCAGCCCUCUGGAGGCAGAGGCUAGAGGGUCACAGGUUCAAGGUCAGGCCUGACUACUUUGGAGAUUUAGGGCUGUAUUGGCACUGAACUUUUAUUCAGGCUUUGGAUUUGACUGAUUCCAAUGAGCUUUCUAAUCCAAAGGUGUGAACUGGAUUUAAACUCAUUGACCCUGGUGUCAAAGUGGCAAAAAUGUUACUAAGUAGAUAUUUUGGGUACAGGUAUGUGUUUGUUUUUUCUUAACUACUUUUUCUGUAUGUUUGGAAUUAUGUAAAAAACAAAAGUUAAAAACUUGUAUUGACAAGUUGAUAUUUGUCUGUGGCCUAUUUCAUCAAUUAGUAAACGUUCCAUUUUGCUUUGCAUUGGACAUUAAUGUCUGCUUGAUAAAUGACAGGAUUUGAAGAAUCUAAACCAAGAUAUCUGGAAAGAGUUCAUAAUUGCUUAUUGGAAUGGACAAGCAAUAAGUAUUUGAAUUUUAAACCCAGACUCAUUAAAUAAUGGUUAUGUUUUUAAAACUGAGAAGCACUAGGCUCAGGAAUUCUGCAAAGAUGAAUACAAGCAAUUUAGUCCUCUGCUUCAGGAUCCAAGAGUUUCCUCGUUUUACACACAUGUACACACACUCCCAUGUAAAGCCUCAUCAAGGACUGCACUUCGCUGAGAACAAGGACGGAUUUAAACUUAUUGACCCUGGUGUCAUUGACUGUGCAGACUCUGGGAGACAUACAUGCAAAGUGGGCUUCGAAGUUGAUGGACUGCCAGCCAUAUCCAAUCUGUGCCCAAUCAUGUGCCCAAUACAAAACUGCAAAAUUACUUAGAACAUUGGGGUUGGAGAGCUGGCAUAGCAGUUAAGAGCAUGUGUGCUCUUUCAGAGGGUCAGAGUUUGGUUCCCAGAAACCAUGUUGAACAGUCCACAGCUGCCCGUAACUCCAGCUCCUGGGGAUCCAACACCCUCUUCUAGCUUCUGUGGAACCAGCAUAUACAUGGCAUACACACAUGCAGACACACAUAUACAUCUACACGUACAUUUUAAAAAAUUAUGAAAUUAUUUUUGUAACUCCAUUGCAUGGUUCUCUUGUGUGAACUUUGCAGAUGAAAACAGCAUGUCAUAAUGUCAAAAGGUUGAUCACACUUAAUAAAGUUUAUACUGUUUUUAUGCCCAAAUUAAUUCUUCACCCUGAAUAAAGUUAUUUAACUGC